AUGGGAAAAGAGGUAAAGAGGUUUCUACUGAAAACGGAACCAUCGGAGUGGUCGUGGGAGGAUCAAGCCGCUAACGGCGGGAUAAGCAAAUGGGACGGCGUAAAAAACAAACAAGCUCAGAAAUACCUGAAAUCAAUGUCAAUCAACGAUCUCUGCUUCUUCUACCACUCCGGUACCAAGGCUCGUCGAAUCGUCGGCGUUGUUACCGUCGUCAAGGAAUGGUACACCGAUAAUGAAGAUGACGGUGCGGUGGACGUGAAGGCUGUUGGCGAAAUGAGAAGAGCGGUUGAUUUGAAAGAGAUGAAAGAUUUGAAGGAUUUUGUACUGUUGAAACAGCCUAGGCUUUCGGUUGUUCCAGUUCCUGACCUAAUUUGGGAUAAAAUAUGUGAUUUGGGGGGCGGUUACCAUGGUGAUGGGAACGAUGAUGAAUCAAACCCUAACGAUUGA